AAUUCACAUCUCGAGCGAAUACUUCAGACUACCGUGGUGGGGGAAACGCAGUCGCACUUUUAUUCAUUUCACUUUUCAACCAAUAUGUCUGCAGGCUCACCUGCUCUCAGAGCACUGUUAGCAGUGUUGCUCGCGACCCUGGUUGCCACGGAAACGUGCCCCUCUGCAGGGACCCCUGGGAUGCCAGGAAUACCUGGCCAACCUGGACGGGAUGGCAGGGACGGGAUGAAGGGGGAGAAAGGAGAGUCAGGGAAUCCCCUCAGGUUCGGUGAGGCCGUCAUAAAAGGGCAGAAAGGGGACAAGGGAAAGGCAGGCCCGCCCGGGAAGGUGGGAGUGAGCGGCGACCACGGGCCCAGGGGACCGCCCGGUCCCGUCGGCCCCCCGGGGGACAGGGGAGAGUCGGGCGGCAUCCUGCCCGAGCUGCAGUCCGCAUUCAGCGUCUCCCGGAUCACCUCGAACAGACCCGAAGCGAACAAACCCGUCCGCUUCACCAGCGUCAUCACCAACGUGAACCAGCACUACGACGUGAGCACGGGGAAAUUCGUCUGCGCCGUGUCCGGCACCUACUACUUCGUGUACCACACCUCUUCUUACGGGGCGUCGCUCUGCGUGGACCUGCUGCGGGACAGAACUAAAAUCGCCAGUUUCUGUGAUCAUCUCUACAGCACUCAGCAGGCAAGCUCCGGCGGGCUGGCCGUGUACGUGCGUAAGGGGCAGUCAGUGUGGCUGGAGACGACCGCUAACAAUGGCAUGUACGCCACGGGAGACAAAGCCGACAGUGUGUUCUCUGGAUUCCUCCUUUACGCUCACUGAGUGUCUGAUCAGCUUUACCCUAGC